AUGGCAACUGCGAUUCUCUCUUCUCGAAACCCUUUCCACAAUCGAUUCGAUCAUGAAACCCUAAUCCACCGUAAACCUAAUUCUCGCCCUAACCGCCGCUCUGACGCUGCUAAGACGGCUCCUCACCGACGCAAGAGUAACCCUAAGGCGUCUCAGUCCACGAAGUUGGUUGCGUCUCCGGCGGCGAAUACCAAUCUUGUUAUGGGACAAUUCAAGCUCCUCAAACGCGGCGAGGCAUUGAGCGCGUUUCAGAACAAGGAGAAUAUUAGCUGCGUCGAUCGUCGUGUUGAUAAGAAGAAAAAACGACCUGUUUCGAGGAUUAAAGAUGUUGAUCUGAUUAUAUCGACGCCUACUAGGAUUGGACCUGAACCAAAGAUUGUGCAGGAGCAGGUCGGAGCUUUUAAAGGAUCAAAGAUCGUUGCCGGAAAAUAUGCCGGUACCGGUUGCUCAGUUUCUCCACCUCCAAGCUCUGUUCCAAUUCCCCGGUUUCUUGGAGAAGAACAACCCCAUUGUUUGAUUCUCCAAGGAAGGUUAGAAAGGAAACCCUAA